AUGUUCCCCCAGGGGCGGCACCCGACUUCCCACCAGGCUCCAGGCCAGCCGUUUAAGUUCACCAUCCCAGAAUCCCUGGACCGCAUCAAGGAGGAAUUCCAGUUCUUGCAGGCCCAGUACCACAGUCUCAAAUUGGAAUGUGAAAAGCUGGCUGGUGAAAAGACGGAGAUGCAGAGACACUAUGUCAUGUACUAUGAGAUGUCUUACGGCCUCAACAUUGAAAUGCACAAACAGACUGAGAUCGCCAAGAGACUCAACACCAUCUGCGCACAAGUCAUCCCCUUCCUCUCGCAGGAGCAUCAGCAGCAGGUGGUCCAAGCGGUGGAGCGGGCCAAGCAGGUGACCAUGGCUGAGCUUAAUGCCGUGAUCGGGGUACGCGGACUGCCCGGCCUUCCACCUACGAAGCAGAUAGAGACACAACAUCUUCCACACAACCACGGCGGUGCCCCAGUGCCCCUCACGCCUCACCCUGCUGGCCUGCACCCCUCACAGCUGGGCGGUUCAGCCAGCCUGCUGGCGCUUUCGGGAGCACUUGGUGCCAUGCCUCCCCAUCUGGCGGGCAAAGAAGGAGCUGAUAAAAAGCCACACCUUUCAGGGGCUGAUUCACACCCAGGAGGACCCGAGCACUUGAGAGAUCGGGAACCAGGCACAAGUAACUCGCUACUGCCAGAAAGCCUCCGUAACUCAGACAAACGACGGAAUGGACCCGACUUUUCAAACGACAACAAGAAGCGCAAAGUAGAAGACAAGGACUCCAGCCACUAUGAUAGCGACGGAGAGAAAAGUGAUGAUAAUUUAGUGGUGGAUGUCUCAAAUGAGGAACAAGCCUCCCCUCGCAGCACGCCCAUCCCCUCCCCGAGAGAGAAUGGCUUGGAUAAAGCACGCCUCCUCAAAAAGGACCCCUGCAGUCCUGCUUCGACUGCAUCUUCGGCUAGCUCUUCCUCCCUCAAAUCCAAAGAAAUGGCAAUGCGAGACAAAGCGGGAACCCCUGGUCUCAAGUCAAGCACACCCACGCCAAGAGGGGAUUCCACCCCAGGUCCAAGCACCACACCUGGUGUACGGCCCAGCCUGUCAAAACCACCGUCUAUGGAGAUCCCACAUCCACCUUCUGCAGGUCUCAGGACUCCCCUUGCUGUGCCUGGCCCGUACCCAGGCGCAUUCAGCAUGUUGCCCCAUGCUGCGGGGAUGAACGGCGAACUUGCGGGGGCAGCCAGCGCUGCUGCCUAUGCUGCUGGACUUCACAACAUUUCGCCUCAAAUGAGUGCUGCUGCUGCCGCCGCUGCAGUGGCUGCAUAUGGGCGCUCACCAAUGGUCGGCUUUGAUCCACACCCUCACAUGCGGGUUCCUGGAAUGCCUCCCAGUCUGGCAGGAAUCCCUGGUGGCAAGCCUGCCUAUUCCUUCCAUGUUGCAGCAGAUGGACAAAUGCAGCCGGUGCCAUUUCCUCCAGACGCCCUGGUAGGCCCAGGUAUCCCUCGCCAUGCCCGUCAGAUCAACACGCUUAACCAUGGCGAGGUAGUCUGCGCCGUUACCAUCAGUAACCCAACGCGGCACGUCUACACGGGUGGAAAGGGCUGCGUCAAGGUGUGGGACAUCAGUCACCCUGGCAACAAGAGUCCUGUGUCGCAGCUCGACUGUUUGAACCGAGACAACUACAUCCGCUCCUGCCGCCUCCUCCCUGAUGGUCGCACGCUGAUCGUGGGUGGUGAGGCGAGCACACUGUCCAUCUGGGAUUUGGCCACACCCACUCCUAGGAUCAAGGCCGAGCUGACGUCAUCAGCGCCGGCAUGCUAUGCUCUGGCCAUCAGCCCGGAUUCAAAGGUGUGCUUCUCAUGCUGCAGUGAUGGCAACAUCGCUGUGUGGGACUUGCACAACCAAACUCUGGUCAGGCAGUUCCAGGGCCACACAGACGGAGCCAGCUGUAUUGACAUUUCCAAUGAUGGCUCCAAACUGUGGACCGGAGGACUGGAUAACACUGUCCGGUCGUGGGAUCUGCGAGAGGGACGCCAAUUGCAGCAGCACGACUUCACGUCGCAGAUAUUCUCUCUCGGCUACUGUCCGACUGGGGAGUGGCUGGCUGUUGGAAUGGAGAGCAGCAAUGUGGAGGUCCUUCAUGUGACCAAACCAGACAAAUACCAGCUGCAUCUUCACGAGAGCUGUGUGCUCUCCCUGCAGUUUGCAUAUUGUGGUAAAUGGUUCGUGAGCACCGGGAAGGACAACUUGCUAAACGCAUGGAGAACUCCUUAUGGUGCCAGCAUAUUCCAGUCUAAAGAAUCCUCUUCGGUGCUCAGCUGUGACAUAUCUGCAGACGACAAGUACAUCGUCACCGGUUCCGGAGACAAGAAGGCUACUGUCUAUGAGGUCAUAUACUAA